AAAGCAACACAACAAGGAAACUACACGGCAGACACAGACGCCUUCAUUUUAUGUUUUUGAAUAAUAGCUAGCUUGCUUGCUGGCUAUCAUGGCGAAUUGUUUUCAUUAAAAAAGUGUCCACAUCAUACAUUCGAGUGUCCGAAAGAAAGCCACAGUCCCGGAACGAACAGAGUUGCAAGUUAAAUCGCUCCCCGAAGAUAUCGCGGAAUGGGUUCAGAGCCCCCCUCAUCUCCACAGCUGCUGGAGGAAGGAGGAGAGGAGGAGGAUGAAGAGCUGAGCGGAGGAGAAGAGUCGGACCUGAGGGCGUCCUCGGGUCGAGGUUCCCUGCUGACCCGGCGAGGCAUCACCCUGAGAGUGCUCCUAAAGGACGGUCUGGUGGAGCCUGGGGACGGGGUUCUGUCUAUCCACUACCUGGGCAAGAAGUUUGUGGGAGAUCUGCUAUGUGAUGGCAAGAUCCGCUGGGUGGAGACCGGGCAGAUCUUCAACUCCCCCAGUGCCUGGGCCACUCACUGUAAGCGGCUGGUCAACCCUGCCAAGAAGUCUGGCUGUGGGUGGGCAUCGGUGCGCUACCGCGGGCAGAAGCUAGUGCAGUACAAGACCAGCUGGCUGCACAAGUACCAGCCCAGUGCUGAUUUGAAUCUGGCCAGUGAAGGGGAAGAGGACGAUGAGGAUGAGGAGGAAGACAUGAGCCUGAUACAGAGGAGGGGAGACAGAGACAGAGUUCCUGUCAGAUAUUGUAACCUGGGUAUGCGAGAUGCUGCAAGGGACCCCCAUACAUUAGUGGAACUGUCUGCAUUCUCUGCCAUCAACCGAUUCCAGCCCUUUAACGUGGCUGUGUCCAGCAAUGUGCUUCUACUCAUGGAUUUCCACUGUCAUCUGACUACCAGCGAGGUCGUGGGGUACUUAGGAGGACGAUGGGACACCAACACUCAGUUGCUAACAGUCUUGAGGGCCUUCCCAUGUCGCACGCGAUUGGCUGACAGAGAUGCUGCACCUGCAGUUGAGGAGGAGAUUUGUCAAAACCUGUUCAUGCGUGGGCUGUCUCUGGUGGGCUGGUACCACAGCCACCCGCGGGGUCCGGCACUGCCCUCGCUGCAGGACAUCGACUCCCAGAUGGACCAUCAACUCCGGCUACAGGGCAGCAGCAACGGCUUCCAGCCCUGCCUCGGCAUCAUCUGCGGACCCUACUACCAUGGAAACCAAGGUGUGGCCUCCACCAUUACACCCUUCUGGGUGGUGCCACCUCCUGAGCAACGACCCAAUGACUACGGCAUUCCUGUGGCUGUGGAAGUGACCUACGUUCAAGAUAACUUCCUGACCAGCGACGUCCUCAAUGAAAUGAUGCUGCUGGUAGACUUCUACCGUGGAGCUCCAGACCUGGUGCAGUUCAGUCAGCACUGGAGUCCGGACACCUCAGUGUUGGAGAAAAUGAAGGGUUCUAUAAGUGGCCAUGCGCCCAAGGACCAGGCCUACGCUCAGAUCCUGGAACACGUCUACAACCAGCUGAGUGGCGCACACUAACUACAACCACAACAACCAGAGCAAGCAUGCGGGCGUGGUGCGACCGAGACAGUUUGGACACCACGGCAGAUCCUGCUACUCGAGCUCAUUCCUCAAAAGUACCUUUGCUAAGUGGACCACACACAGGCACUGACAUGCGUGCGCCGAACCAUACAGUCACUUGCCCCUGCGGACUGGCGUUGAAAUCUUCAACUGACAAGCAUCAUUAGUUAAACAGUGGAUUUUAUUGAGUGGGGCAGACAAAAAUAGAAAUGCUCAUAAUUGACACAGCAGCAGCAGCAGCAGCAGCGAAAUGGUUCGGUGCUGGAUUCCGGCAUUGUAUUGGAAACAGUGGAAUCUAAUCGAACGCCAGAAGCGGAGUGUACCACACUCAUGUUGGUGCCAGUGUGCGGUGCACUUUAGACUGAAGGGUGCCCUGCCUUUCCGGGAUCUGACUUUAGAACUACAGGGCUGUAGGCUUCCAUUUUGGUAUUCUCUUUUUGCCUCUAGGACUGUUAGGUCUGUAUCACUGAUGAUGUUUCUAGUUACAGUUUGUUACGUGAAUGUAUGUUACACUUUGUUGGGUGUGUAGAGGACAACGUUGUCGGCCUGUUGAUAAAGCAGAGGGGGGAUUGUGGGUCGAUGGCGUCUUCCUCUGUAGGUUGCAGCUGAUUCCGGAACAGAUCUGAGCCUAAUCCAGACCAGAUCCAUUCCAAAGGAACCAUGUUGGGUUCCGUAUCUGGUUCCUGUCAGAAAGCUGUUGUUUGUCCAUUUUGUGUGUGGUUGAACUGUGCCAUGUGAAAGCCGAUGAUGGGAACAAUGCCUUUAACCUGCUGAAUACCUUACACAUAAAUACACUGGAACAGUUGAUCAUGG